AUGCCAGGAGCUUCAGUCUGUUUCAACUGCAAAUCUCGACGCACACCAUGUGUAAACCAGAGCGGUGAUGAUGCCAGACUGCAGUUGCGUCGGCGCCCAGAAUCCGACUCUCCUACAAACCGCAGCAGCGAGGCCCCUCUGGACGUCCCACAGGCUCCAGAAGUCCUGGAAAACAGUGUCACAGAUCAGCGAGCACCCUUUCUCGCGGUUCUGGGCCCGUCUGGACUCUCUAAAUCUCCCAAGGCGGACGAUGCCGGUGUGUCACGUCUAGCCAGGGACAGCAGUACGUCUCAUUCGUCAACAGGUGACCGCAGGUCAUCUCGUGUAUCCAGCAGAUUGCCUGAGCCACUCUUACCCGACCGAGGGGAAAGUAUAUGCGAGACACUACGUGCAGGAUUACCGUCCUAUGAUUCUAUCAUGAAAGUUGCAUUGGCGCACAAAGGCUGGUGGGUUCGAAUACACAUCGCUGUUCGUGGCAUAUACGAUGAUACGAUUGAGUCUCUCCCAGACUUCGUGAGGCGAGUUUACACGAGCGACCAUCCUUCAGAACUGGGCAAAAUGGCGAUUGCGUUCGCUUUCACUUCUGAUGUUGAUGGGUCCUCCAUCUACACCUUGGUCGAUCGCCUUGUUGUCUCUGACAUGGCAUUAAUGUCUACGGUAGAAGGCUUGGAGUGCCUAAUCUUGUUGGCAAUUCUCUAUGCAGACGAGGGCCAGCCCAGAAGAUCAUGGAUGAUCUAUCGCAGAGGAGUGGUGGUCGCGCAAUUAACGGACCUGUACCAGGCUGGCCUCCGGUCAACAGCCAAGAGACGGCUCUGGUUGUCCAUCUACCAAGCAGACCGCAUGAUGAGCAUGUUCCUCGGGCUGCCGUACGGUUUUGUCGACAUGCACCAUCAGCAAAUCCUAGAGGUGAAGCCCGAAAAUGACUACGUGGAUUCGACUAUGACCAUCCGCUGUGCGAUGAUAGCUGGAAAGGUCAUUGACCGAAACCACUCGCGAACAAAGGCAUCCAUCUCCAAGACACUGGAACUGGAAGAGGAGAUGAAUGGGCUUGCAACGUCUUUCCCAGAAACCUGGUGGGAGCUUCCUGACCGGGUCCAAGCCGAUGGCCACGACUUCGACGAAAUUCAUGUUCGGCUGCACCAGCAGCUCUUCUUCUUCCACCUGCAACUCUACAUUUACCUACCGUUCCUCAGCGGUUCCGAGGAAAGCUCUGUGCACGGUUCAAUCAUGCGCGCCGCCAGCAUGGAGGCUGCACGACAGCUGUUGAGGCGCUACCUGGCUCUGCAUCAUGACGCGGAGAAACCGAGCCCGUCUGAGUGCAAACUCGUAGAUUUUAUGGCAUUUACCGGCGCCAUUGUCUUACUUCUAGGUUGCUCAAGCUCCUCCGGCCCAAGGAUGUCAAGUGAUGCGAAUGACAUCGAGGCUGUGCUGUCUUUAGUCCGGUGCUUGCAACGCCAGGAGAAUCAAGAACAUUGUCGCAUCGCGUCGCAAUGUCGCAAGACGCUUACGGUUCUGCUAUCAAGAUCGAGUACGGACGAAGAGGUCCGCAUUCCGUUCUUUGGCACAGUCGUCAAAAAAGGUGUCCAAACCGUAGAGCAGACCGCCCAGGUUGAUCAAAGCAUUAUGAUAAACUCGAAUACAUGUGAUAGCCAUGCUUUAAAUAUUGGCCGACCAUCCUCGUCGACGACUGGUAGCAACUCUACUCCCGCGACCGAAGACCUGGCGUUGCCAAGUUCUGCGUAUUCGGAGGCACCGUGGGGGAUGGAGCACAUGCCAGAACUGGGCUUCUUGUCCUAUAUGGAAGAGGCGUCGGUAGAUUUCGACACGGGCUGGGAGUUCAUCAUGGAUCUCGACAGCUUCUGA